AUGACACGUGUGCACCACGCCAGGGUCGAGCCCGCGACCUGGCGGUGGACGGUGCGUCUGGCCAGUGGUCUCCGGCAGCAAGUGAGUGCCACCACCACGCCUGUAGCCGGAACACCACAUCCCCGCCACACGCGGCAGUGGCACGACUCGUGUCCCGGCGGUGGUUACAUGGACACACUGCAGUCUGCCGUCUCCCUGGCCUGCUGCGUGUCCGGUUCCCAGUCCGCGGCCAAGAGCGCCGGGGAGGCAACUCCUUUAUGUGCAUGUGACAGCUCUGGGGCCUUCAAAGCCACGAGCCCUCCGCCCCCAGUGACAGCGAAGGGCCGCCAAGCCACGCGCCAUCCGCCCCCCAGUAACAGCUCAGGGCAGCCAAGCCACGCGCCCUCCGCCCCCAGUGACAGCUCAGAGCCGCCAAGAAACGCGCCCUCCGCCACCAGUGACAGCACAGGGCCGCCAAGCCAUGCGCCUUCCGCCCCCAGUGACAGCUCAGGGCCGCCAAACCACACGCCCUCCGCCCCCAGUGACAGCUCAGGGCCGCCAAAAUACGCGCCCUCCGCCCCCAGUGACAGCUCAGGGCUGCCAAGCCACACGCCCUCCGCCCCCAUUGACAGCUCAGGGCCGCCAAGCCACGCACCUUCCGCCCCCAAGGAAAGCACAGGGCCGCCAAGCCCCGCGCCCUCUGCCCCCAGUGACAGCUCAGGGCCGCCAAGAAACGCGCCCUCCGCCACCAGUGACAGCUCAGGGCCGCCAAGCCACGCGCCUUCCGCCCCCAGUGACAGCUCAGGGCCGCCAAACUACACGCCCUCCGCCCCCAGUGACAGCUCAGGGCCGCCAAGCUACGCGCCCUCCGCCCCCAGUGACAGCUUAGGGCUGCCAAGCCACACGCCCUCCGCCCCCAGUAACAGCACAGGGCCGCCAAACCACGCGCCCUCCGCCCCCAGUGACAGCUCAGGGCCGCCAAGCCACGCGCCCUCUGCACCCAGUGACAGCUCAGAGCCGCCAAGAAACGCGCCCACCGCCACCAGUGACAGAACAGGGCCGCCAAGCCACGCGCCUUCCGCCCCCAGUGACAGCUCAGGGCCGCCAAACCACACGCCCUCCGCCCCCAGUGACAGCUCAGGGCCGCCAAGCUACGCGCCUUCCGCCCCCAGUGACAGCUCAGGGCUGCCAAGCCACACGCCCUCCGCCCCCAUUGACAGCUCAGGGCCGCCAAGCCACGCGCCUUCCGCCCCCAGUGACAGCUCAGGGCUGCCAAGCCACACGCCCUCCGCCCCCAUUGACAGCUCAGGGCCGCCAAGCCACUUCGGGGCCGCAAGCCACGCGCCCUCCGCAACAAGUGACAGCUCAGGGCCGCCAAACCACACGCCCUCCGCCCCCAGUGACAGCUCAGGGCCGCCAAGCCACGCGCCCUCCGCCCCCAGUGACAGCUCAGGGCCGCCAAGCCACGCGCCUUCCGCCCCCAGUGAAAGCACAGGGCCGCCAAGCCCCGCGCCCUCCGCAACAGCAGACAGCCACGAGUGGUCGCCGUGGCAGCUUGCAGCUUGCACGAGCCUUGGAGCAAGCAGUGCAGUGGAACUAUGGCACGGCACUAUGUCUACUGAGGGCGACACGGGCCGCAAUAGACGCGUGGAGGCUGAUGGGGCGGAUCCUGUGGUGGAGGGCAGACUGCGGGACCGUAGACUCCACAGCAGGCAGACUUCCUUCUCUUCCCCGGACCUCGCUCGCAGCUGCCUCGUGGCCUCGUGGCUGCUCGGCCUGGUGACCUGA